GAAUUUUAUCAGAAACAGGUAUUGAAUUAUAUUUAAAGCACGAUGUUAGAACCCUGGAACGAUGCCUCACUGCUACCACCACCUGUUCAUACAUUUCUAUGUCAUCGUAAAGUUGGCAUUCAGGAUCUAAAAGCCACUUGUACGAAUAUGAUCAAAGUACUGUCUAAUCAAUCUCCUUUGCACAAAGAGAGCGCAAUACUCUCUAGAUUUGCUUAUAAAUACGACAAGAAGUUUCGCAACGAUAUCGGCUACAGGCAUUUUAAGAAGGUUAACGUAGCCUUGCGGCGUUAUUUGGGGCUGAAUGUAUUGAAGGACAUAGAAAACUUCAGCGACACAUUGCCGGCGGAUGACGAGGAUUAUUUACCAACAAGACAGAUGCUCCAAUAUAUAAUGAUCAGAUUGAUUACGUUUGCUAAGAUAAUGGUGAGGGUUUGCGUAUGUUCGAAGCAAGCGUCGGUAUUUUAUUUGGACCGUAUAAAGUGCGGGGAGGGUCACUGGAUGUCUCUGAUGCCAUAUGCGCUGCUGAGCCGAGUGUGGUCGCUGUGCACGGUGCUACUGCGCAGUGCCUGCGUCUGGUACGCGCGCCUGCGGCCCUGGCUCGACAAACUACAACUAAAGGGAGUAGACUUCCUACCAGACAACUAUAGCUUGCCAGCCGACUUAGAGGUGUGGCUGGACCUUAAAAACAUUGACUCUUUUGGAAGGUUUCAAUGGGCUCCGGACAAAUGCUUGACAUUGCACCAGAGCUUAAUAGUUGACGAUGAUGAUGAUAAUACUGACAGCUUCAUGGAUUAUGUAAAUCGGCUAAAUGAAGAAGAUGACUCUGAGGAGCCAUCAUGUCAUCUUGAGGUAAACAGGCUUUCAAAAGAAAGUCCGUCUGAGAUACAAGUAAAUCCAUUGCUAAAUAAAGAUAAAGGAGAAAGCAUUUCUAGAGAAAGUUUUAAUGCCCCUUUGCGCUCCAAAUUGAAAUCAACUGAAAUAUUAAAUACUGAUAAAGGAGAGACAAUAUCCAGGGAAAGUUUUAAAGCGCCACUACACACUCAAUCAAAACCAGUUGAAUUAAAGAGCAAUAAUACAUACAUUCAUUCUCCAGCAAAUGUGACUGAUACAGAAUCUUUAAAAAAGUUUAUGUUGAUGGAAGAAGGCUUUAGAAAUGAGCAAAAUGGGUCAUCCUUAACAAACCAUCUGAGUUUCAUGCAGUGGACAGCUCUAAAGAACUCAUUAGACACAUUAGCAAAUUCCUUGUCCUACAAAAGAAAAAUAGAGAAAAAAUUCAAAAAAAUAUGGAAAGAAAAGUGCAUUGAUUAUAGUUAAUAAAUGUAUUUUCCAUU